AUGGCCGAGAAUCUAUCAGAUAAAGACCUUCUACCAACAGAUGACGUUUACUCUGCCUACAAGGCUUGGGCAGAGGGUGGUUGGGGGCUGAUCAUCACAGGUAGCUUCACCGUUCUGCAGACCCCGGCUGGAGCAGGCAGAAGGGGUUUCUUUGAGAAGGCUCUAGCCCCCAGCGCAAUACCCUUGCGUCUCGGCAAAGGUAUAUUCGCUGCCGUGGUUUCUAAGCUACUUUUCGGCACGCCAAGGGCCAUGUCAGUCGAGGAGAUCCUUUAUGUGCGAAACCGUUUCGUGGAAACAGCAGUACUUGCAUCCGAGGCUGGGUUCGAUGGAAUCGAGCUUUAUGGAGCUCACGGUUAUUUUCUUUCCCAGUUCCUAACUGCUAAGACUAAUCAUCGAGUCGAUGAGUAUGGAGGAACACCCAAGGCUCGUGCUAAGAUUGUCGUUGAUAUUAUCGAGGAUAUCCGCAAUGCUGUGCCAAAAGGCUUCACAGUUGGUAUCAAGUUUAACUCUGCCGGUCAUCAGUCAUCCAUUGCCUUGGAAGAGUGUCUUGAACAGCUUCGACUGAUUACUGAUGCUGGAAUCGAUUUCCUGGAAAUCAGUGGUGGUAGUUAUGAGGAGCCAAUCGGAAUUGUAGACCCCGAUAAAGCCACCGGGGUGAAGAGAGAAGGCACCGCGGCCAGAGAAGCAUUCUUUCUCGACUUCGCAGAAGCGAUCCGGAAGGAGUUCCCAGAUCUACCGCUGCUCGUCACGGGUGGAUUCCGUAGUCGAAAGGUGAUCGAGGAUGCUCUACUAAGCAAAGCCCUGGACAUUGUUGGACUGGCGCGACCAGCAGUGUUGGAUGCUUCUGCCCCCUCGAGCACGCUACUGAACAUGAGUAAAGGGGAUGAUGAGGCACGAGCCAUUGCAAUUUCCAUUCCGACCCAUUGGUUGUUAAAGAAGAUUGGCAACUAUAUCAUUGGAGCUGGCUAUGAAACCGUUUAUCGCCUUGUUCCUUACGUAGUCGUUGAAACUGACCACAAGUUCUAG